GUUGAUUGUCUCAGUCCCGACAAGAUGGGUAUCGGCAUCCUCUGGAAUGAGAUUGGCGAAGGAGAGGUGACCAAUAUCGCCGAUUAUGCAGCUCGUCAUUACGAAAUGACAGGCAGGCCCCUUCGCAUUGCCAUUGACACUGCUUGCUGGGUUUUCAACAAUGUCAACAUAGCCCAGACGGUAGCGAUCCGAGAAUCCUCCGGCAGGCCGUCAAACCCAAUGGAGAAAGCGAUCCUGCACCGAAUUCUUCGCCUGCUCUUCCUCGGUAUACAACUCCAUUUUGUAUUUGAUGGUCCGAAGCGGCCCCCGAAACGCGGCCAGGUGUGGAGGUCCACGCAUGACAAGUCGACCGAUCUCCUCGUGAAAACACUGGAUAUGCUUGGGAUAUCUUACCACAAAGCAUGUGCAGAAGCAGAAGCUGACUGUUCAGAAUUGCAAAAGCGAGGCAUUGUGGAUGCUGUGUGGACCGAGGACGGUGACGCUUUCAUGUUUGGAUGCACCACUUUGAUACGCUUCCAUUACGAAAAGAAGAAAGGGAAGGAAAGCAAAAGUAACACUCAUUUCCGGCUCUAUCGAUCUGAAGAUAUUCCGAAACGACUCCCAGGCCUUGAUCCUCAAGGGUUUGUGUUAUUUGCCAUUCUCAAUGGCGGGGACUACGAUAAGGCUGGACUCAAGGGAUUCGGCACUCAGAACUCGCUGGAUGCUGUCAAGGCAGGGCUGGGCAAGUCUCUAUGCAGAGCCGCAGAAUCUGACCUGCUAGCGUGGAAGCAAGAGCUAGUAAAAUACCUCAAAGACAUCGGCAGCAAAAUUAUUGUACCACCAAAUUUCCCAGUGUGGGAACACCUGCGUAAUUACCGAGAUCCUCUUAUUACGCACUCGCUGUCCUCGAAAUGGCAGCAGGAGAAACCGGUUAUCGAAGCCAAUCUUCAGCCCUUCGUUCAAGAGUUCUACAACUUUCAAGCGGAGAAGUGGGUGGAGUGGAUCGUGCCUAUGCUUCUUAUUCGAACUUUGAUAAAGACUGGUCCUGACCAAGAACGCAGUAACGAUGGUUAUGAGGUCAAAAUUGGAAAGCAGAACAAUUCGACAACCGUGAAAGCAACGUUCCUCCUCUCGGCAGUCACUUCUCUCGAUAUGAGGCACUAUGCUAAAAACAAAGAUGGAAGCUUCUACGAAAAUGACUUCCGGGCGACUUGCGAAACACUGCCUUGGAUUUUGCGGCGAGGGGUUCCACAAGCUAUGGACGCGAGUGCAAUUAAAAAUUCGGCGAGACCUUCAAAGGUUACGAAAUUCAAGGCAAGCAAAGCUGUGGCAGCUCAGUCAGGAGAGAGUCCACCUAGCACCCAAACGACCUCUGCACCUACGGGGAAGGAACACGGACGCCCGCGAAAGGACGCCAGCAAAGACGAUAAAACACUGCCAAACUCGACGCCAAAAAUUAAACGGGCUAGAAAUUUGGGAGAGCUGGACCCUAAUUCUCACCUCAAUAGUCCCAACGAACCUUCUGCCAAGCGGUCUAAGCCAUUUUCUCGAGUCAAGUCGCCAGCUCUGAAGAACUCUAGCCAGUCUGCCAAGUCAUUCUUCACGAAGUCCCCAACAAACCCUCUUAAGGAUCCAAAAUCCUCAGUCGUUUCCACACCUUCACUUGCUAGCCGGCAGCAAGAAGUGGUAGACCUUAUUUCAGAUGGCGAGACAGAAGUUUCCAAGCCCGUCACGAGGUCGAAACAGCCAGCCUCAACGAAGCUACGUGCUAGCCAGAAAGAAGCGUUUAGCCUCAUUUCCGACGAUGAAACUGAAACCCUCCAACAAGCGAACAAACCCAGCCAGCCUGCGGCAACGCCACCACCCAGGCGGCUCAUUAAAUGGAAUUACGAAGAAGGCUUCGGUGACUCGGACUGACUUCUUUCUCAACCCUGGAAGCCUCACCUCACAACUCUGCUCCUGUCUAAGUGUGUAACUCCCCUCUUCAGGCUGGGAGUUUGCCAUUUGGACGAAGCUUGGUACAUUACUUUCACGAUUUGCUCGAAUUUCUUUCCUUGACUUUGCCGCUAUAAAUAUAGAUACCCAGGCUCAAUUGCCAUGUAUAUAUGAUAUUAAACCUUGUGUUCUCACGAAUGGCGUUUGAAACGGAUUGGCUUCAUCGGCAUCGCAUUGCUUGACUGGGACGGGACACACCUGAAGCCUUGCUUGGAAGAUGCCCACCCAAGGAGAAAGGCCACUGUAAUUAGGAGAGAUGCCAAUUCCGGCCAUUAUAAUAAAUGGCAAAGAAUGGCAUUUUGUAGAACACUUCC